AUGGCGAGGAAGAAUUAUCCCCAGGAGCCCGUAGCGAUCAUUGGAAUGGCAUGUCGCCUACCUGGCGGAGUUACAGAUGUUGAUAAACUGUGGGAUUUGUUGGAAAAGGGCCGCACCACCUGGUCCCAAGUGCCAGACAGCCGGUUUCGAGAAAGUUCUUUCUAUGAUCCUGAUAGCAGGAGGAAUGGAACGUUUCAUACCCAAGGAGGCCAUUUCCUCACAAAUGACAUCUCUUCUUUUGAUGCCACGUUUUUCAACAUUUCGCCUGCGGAGGCAAAGGCAAUGGAUCCACAGUUGCGACUUCUAUUAGAGGUGACCUAUGAAGCUUUGGAAAGCAGCGGUACACCUUUAGAUAAAUUCCGGGGAACUGAUACCGCAGCCUAUGUGGCGCUUUACAACCGGGACUACGAGAAAAUUCUCCUUCGCGAUCCUGAGGAUCUCCCCUUCUACUGCCAAACCGGCAAUGGCGAAGCCAUGUAUGCGAAUCGACUAUCAUAUUUCUUCGACCUGCACGGGGCCUCUCUGACCCUAGACACCGGGUGUAGUGGGGGAAUGGCGGCGCUGCAUCAGGCCUGCGAGAGUAUUCGGCAUGGCGAAUGCACCCAAGCCAUUGCUGGGGUGUCGAAUUUAAUUCUUGACCCAGCAGCUAUGAUAGGCCCCAGCUUUGUCCAAUUCUAUGCCUCUGAUGGCCGCUCCAAGUCAUUCGACAAGUGCGCAGACGGCUAUGGACGCGGUGAAGGAGCAUGCGCGCUCAUACUGAAGCGACUGACUGCAGCCAUUGAGGAUGGCGAUCCCAUAAUCGCAGUCAUUCGUAGCUCGGUAAUCAACCAAGACGGGCGCACGGCUGGUAUCACAGUUCCAAGCGGGGAAGCCCAAGAAAGCCUGAUUCGGACCGGCUAUGAGGCGGCUGGCUUGGAUCCGGCCAAGACCAGCUAUGUUGAGACCCAUGGCUCGGGCACUGCAGUAGGAGACCUGACCGAGAGCCGGUCCAUUGGUACGGUGUUAGGGCAGGCUAGGCGAUCUCAAGGGCAAGGCCCGGUGCUUAUGGGCUCUGUCAAGGCCAAUAUCGGCCAUCUCGAGAACGUUAGUGGGCUGGCAGGUGUGAUCAAGGCCGUACUCGUAAUUGCCAAGGGACGAAUUCCCCCUAGCGUCAAACUUCAAAUCCCAAAUCCGGCGAUUCAGUGGGAAGCAUGGAAUCUAGAGCUACCGACCCAUUCACAACUUUUGAGACAGCUGGGAGCGGACUCAUCGCAGGUCUCCUUGAACAGUUUUGGAUUCGGCGGGACGAACGUGCAUAUAAUUCUGGAUCAACUCCGCGAUGGUGAAGGUACGAACCGCUUUACACCAGUUGAGAACGCAAUGCCUAGUCAACAACAAAUCAUGACAAAUACGGUUCAACCUCAAGUCUUUGUUCUUUCCGCUCGAUCGGCUGAGCCAGCUCGCCACAUGGCUAAGCAAUUGCAGCAAUAUUUGGAGAAAGUCCCUGUUUGUGACAAAGUGUCCCCCAGUUUCCUUCAGUCUCUAGCCUAUACACUUAAUUGUCGGCGAUCAUCAUUCCCGUGGCGAGCAGCAGUAAUCGCCAACUCGGUUUCUGAGCUACAUCAAAAUCUAAGCGCUGUGACUUUCUCCCACACAGGCAAAAGGCCCAGUUUUGGAUUUGUCUUUACGGGACAAGGAGCGCAGUGGGCUAGAAUGGGCCGAGAGCUGUGGGAGACCAACAUUAUCUUUCGAAGCUCUAUUUCCGCAGCUGAAAAGUGCCUAACUGACCUGGGUGUGGAUUGGCGCUUGACUGAGGAGUUGCUCAAGUCACCCGAAGAGACCAACCUGAACAGAGCCAACAUUGCACAACCGGCAUGUACAGCAAUUCAGCUAGCACUAGUCGACCUUCUAGCCUCGUGGAAUAUUCAUCCCAGUGCUGUGACCGGUCACUCCAGCGGCGAAAUCGCUGCUGCCUAUGCGUGCAAAGCCAUUUCGUUCGACAAUGCCAUGCUCAUCGCUUGGGCUCGAGGCUCCGUGGCAGGAAAACUUGCCAAAGAUGGAAGCCUCAAAGGCUCCAUGAUUGCUGUGGGCUUAGGCCCACAGGCAAUGGAAAUAUAUCUCUCUAAAUUGCCUGUGUCUACUGGGUUGGCCACAAUAGCCUGCGUGAACAGUCCGGAGGGGGUGACCAUAUCUGGGGACACAGCUGCUGUCGAUGAUCUUCAAGAGCGACUUGAAAGUGAUGGCAUCUUUUUCCGGAGACUGGUUGUCGAUGUGGCAUAUCAUUCACAUCAUGUUCGGCGCGUGGCUAACGACUAUCUUAAUGCUCUGGCGAUGAUGGGCGCCCCAAGCGCGAAUCCUGUCAUUCCAUUUCAUUCGAGUGCAACCGGAAAGAUUAUGGACGGCACAGAACUGGAUGCGCAGUAUUGGGUCAACAACCUGGUUUCGCCAGUCCUUUUCUCGACUGCGGUGGGAAGCCUCCUGAGCUCAGGCACUAAUUUGCUGAUUGAGAUUGGCCCACACGCAGCCUUAAAGGGUCCCAUUAAGCAAAUUCUCAAAGCGCACAAUGUAGACGUGCGUUAUGUCCCAUCAUUGAAUCGCAACGAGUCAGCCAGCCGCGGUAUGCUGAAGCUUGCCUCUAGCAUAUUUGAGAAUGGUGCUGAAAUAAAUAUGGGCGAGGUGAAUAUCUGGUCACGUCCGGCGGACCGCCUGCAUUGCCUUUUCGAUCUUCCGUCGUAUCCCUGGGAUCACUCAAAUUCCUUCUGGCACGAGAGCCGCUUGAGCCAAAACUACAGAAACCGCACAGAUCGUCCACAUGAACUUCUGGGAGUUCUCAGCCCGGAGUCGAGCUCGUUGGAGCCUCGCUGGCGGAAUCAUGUCAGUAUUUCGUGGCUUCCAUGGCUGACAGGGCAUCAAAUUGGCGGGGAUACAGUUUUCCCUGCUACCGCUUACAUGGCAAUGGCCAUUGAAGCAGCAUAUAUAGCCGCUCCCGUGUCUGCCAAGGAUGGCCUGGCUUGUUGUAUUGACUUACAUCAAGUGUCGCUAAGUCGAUCGCUGAUACUCCCAAGCUCAGGGUCUCCUGUGGAAAUCAUGCUCGCUUUACGACCAGCUACUGGAACGACCGGGCGAGAUCUGGCUCGCCGGCAGGAGUUUGUCAUCCACUCUUGCUCCGAUCACAAAGAUGUGGUAGAAAAUUGUCGCGGAUUUGUGACAGUCAAUUUUGGUGACAUCGGACCAGGCGCAUCGAUCGGGCUGGAUCGCCAGUUCGACAAACAAAGACUGCCAUCAAUCAACCCUGACCAAUGGUACCAUAGCCUGAGUCAAGUGGGAGUUGAGUAUACAGAUUCAUUUCGAGCCCUGAGCCGACUGUCUGCAGGACGAGGCUUUUGUAGUGCCGAUAUUGCCUGCCCAGUCCCGGAAAGCGAGUAUAAAGUCAGUCUUCCUCCAGCUACCUUCGAUGCUUGUUUGCAGACGAUGCUCGGUGCCAUCGGAUCGGAGGACCUGAUUCACGGCCCUAUCCUUCCGACAUUUAUCAACGAGGCAUCAAUUCGGGUGAAUGGCAGCGACGUGCCUCCAAGCAUCUUACACGUUACGUCUCGAGCCCAUAAGCAGUAUGGGCAGACAUUCAGCGCGGAUAUCGAGACUACUUGUGGUGAUUUGGGAAACAAUGGUCUCUUAUUCUCGCUACGGGGCGUGGAAGCAAAAUCGCUGGAGAUAUUCUCAAACCAGAAUGAGGAACCUGAACAGGCCAAGACAUGCCAAAAGCAAGCCAUGAUAAUUGACCCCAAUUUUCUGCCUGGUGCCGUCGUGGAGGACCUCUGCAACUCAGCCCUGCAGCCCGUCUCUGUCGCGGCUAGUCUGACUCGGCUCUGCGAUGUCUGCCAAUAUUACGCAAAUGCUGCUGUAAAGGAGGUCACGGAUGAAGACGUGCAGAGAAUGAACACCUAUCAGAGGCUUUAUCUUAACUGGCUGCAAGUCCAAGCAAAUCUUUGUUCAGUCGAGAUGACAGAUGAUGCCCUGGACCAGGUAAAAUAUUCAAACGCUGAAGGAAGAAUGAUCUGCCAGAUCGGAGCGAGUCUUUCCUCUAUUCUUAAAGGGGACCAAGAUCCGCUGUCCUUGAUGGUGGAGGGCAAUCUUCUCUAUCGUCUGUACGAGGACGACGAAAGUAUGCAAGGAUGUGCUGUGCAAGCAGCCGAGUAUGCGCGGAUGAUGGGCUUGAAGUCUCCAGAUCUCCGUAUCCUGGAAAUCGGCGGCGGUACAGGGGGCGCCACACUACCUAUCUUGCAAGCAUUGACCCAACACCGCAGAAGGCUUUUCAGCCAUUAUACCUUCACGGAUAUCUCUACGGGAUUCUUUGCCAAUGCAGAGCGAAAGCUUGGUGACUGGAAAGACUUGAUGAGCUUUCAGAAACUGAACAUCGAAGAGGAGCCAACAAAGCAAGGAUUUGAGGCAGGAAACUACGACCUGAUCAUUGCAGCCAACGUUCUACAUGCCACCACCUACAUUGAAGAGACAGCUAAGCAUGUGCGCGGUCUGCUCAAGCCAGGAGGAAAAUUGCUGCUCUUAGAAAGUACCAGACCAACCGUUCAUCGCUCGUUUGUCUUUGGCACAUUGCCUGGAUAG